ACUUCUGCUAGAGAAUCAGGUGGUUCAUAGAGCCUGUGAGGACUGGGCCUGAAUGAGGUGUGGUUAACUGGAACCCUGGGCAGGCAGAUGGAGACCCUGACAGGGGGCUGUGGGUCUGGGAUCCCAGUUUGGAGCCCCAGAACAACCCUCUGCAAACUGAGUCUGGGACUCCCAGGCAGCCACUGUUCCAGCAGUGCCACUAAACAGGGGAGGACUUGCCCUUGGCUGGAUGCUGCUGCCCUUUCCCUCUGCCUUUCCUUGGACCUUGGGAGACAUCCUGAACAGCUGGUCAGAGGUGAGAGAACCACAGCCAGAGGAGUUUCCUGAGUGCUCAGGUAAUGCCUCUUGAGGCAGGUGUGUCCCUCUGGAGUGGUUUGUCAAUAUGUUUGCAGCAGCUGGGAGUACCUGAUGAGUUACUGUGGCUUUUACUGUGUUUUUCAAUUUUCUACACAGAUUAACAUUACUAGCCAGGAGCUUUGGGAAGAAGUGCUGUGUCUCAAAGGACUCAUUGUUGUUGAUGUGCAUCAAGCCUGGUGUGGCCCAUGCAAACCAGUAGUGAAUCUGUUCCAAAAAAUCAAGAAUGAAGUUGGCAGUGAUCUCCUGCAUUUUGCUGUGGCUGAAGUUGAUUCCAUUGAUGCUCUGGAAAAAUACAGAGGACAAUGUGAGCCUGUCUUUCUCUUUUAUACAGGAGGAGAAUUAGUGGCUGUUGUAAGAGGAGCAGAUGCACCCUUGCUGCAGAAGACCAUCCUGAAACAGCUGGCAGGGGAAAGGAAGGGAUUCCACGGAGGAGAGCCUGUGGUGGUGCCAGACAGAGCCUUCUCCAGAGAGCAGGGAAGCACAGCUCCCCUUCAGGAGGAGCAACGGGGAGGACUAACAGGCUGACGCAGCCAUCGGGUCCGGGAUGACAACUGCAGCCGUGGAGCAGAUCCGUGCUUUUUCAAUAAAUACAAGGUUUUCC